UUUUAUCUUUUUUUAGAUAGAGGACACUGCUUGAGUCAUAGAACCUUUCAGGCACCAUGGCAGAUCCCAUCCGCUGGGCCCGGUACCGUUGGCAGCGGCUGAUAUCUGCAGAAGGCAGAGACGGCAGCAACAGCCCCAGUCCAAGCAACAAGUACUUCCAGUCAUCAAAAACCGUCGGCAAACAUAGGACAGUGAUACCCUGCUUGGGACAUUUUAAGGAAGAGUAUGAAAAGGUGUCAAAGCUGUACAUGAGCAACAGAAUACGGACUACUAAGUAUACUGUACUGAAUUUUAUACCACGGAAUUUAUUUGAACAGUUUCACAGAGUUGCCAAUUUAUAUUUCCUGUUUUUAGUGGUUUUAAACUGGGUUCCUAUGGUGGAAGCUUUCCAGAAAGAAAUUACAAUGCUACCUCUGUUAGUGGUUCUCACAAUUAUUGCAGUGAAGGAUGGUCUGGAGGAUUAUUCAAAAUACAAAAUGGAUAAACAGAUAAACAACUUGCUAACCAAAGUGUAUAGCAGGAAAGAGAAGAAAUACAUGGAGGAACGCUGGAAAAAUAUCAACGUUGGGGACUUCAUCCGGCUUUCACGUAGAGACAUGGUGCUGUUGUAUUCCACUGACCCGGACGGAAUCUGUUACAUUGAAACAGCAGGCCUUGAUGGAGAAACCAACCUAAAGCAGAGGCAGGUGGUGAGAGGAUAUUCAGAACAGGUCUCUGAAAUGGAUCCAGAGAAUUUUUCCAGCAGAAUAGAAUGCGAAAGUCCUAACAACGACCUCAGUUGCUUCCGAGGCUUUAUUGAGCAUUCCAACAAGGAACGAGUGGGUCUCAGCAAGGAGAACUUGCUGCUUCGAGGAUGCACAGUGAGAAACACGGAGGCCGUUGUAGGCAUCGUGGUAUAUGCAGGUCAUGAAACCAAAGCCCUGCUGAAUAAUAGUGGCCCACAUUACAAGCGCAGUAAACUGGAAAGAAGAGUGAACACCGACAUCCUUUGGUGUGUUCUGCUGCUAAUUUUAAUGUGUUUAAGUGGGGCAAUAGGCCAUGGAAUUUGGUUAAGUAGGUAUUCGGAAAUACCAUUUUUUAACAUCCCCGAGCCAGAUGGGAAAUUGAUUUCUCCAGCAUUAGCAGGGUUCAAUAUGUUUUGGACAAUGGUCAUUUUAUUACAGGUGUUGAUCCCAAUUUCUCUCUAUGUUUCAAUUGAAAUUGUCAAAUUGGGACAAAUUUAUUUAAUUCAGAAUGACAUUGAUUUUUACCAUGAGAAGACAGACUCUACUAUUCAGUGUCGAGCUCUGAAUAUUGCUGAAGAUCUUGGCCAGAUCCAGUAUAUCUUCUCUGACAAGACUGGGACUCUCACUGAAAAUAAGAUGGUUUUUCGGAGGUGCAGCAUUGCGGGACAGGAAUAUUGCCAUGAGGAAAACGCGAAGAGGUUGGAAUCCUAUCAGGAGAUGGACUCAGAGGAUGAGAAUUUACCCGAUGGUCAGUGUGGCUCUUUGAGCCUUAUGCCAAAGUGGAGGGGGCACAAGAGCAGAGCCGUGAAUGAACCUUUGAGCAAAAAAUCUUUAAAUCAGUUGUCUGGUGGUUGCCCUGCAUCAGGAGGGGAAGAUGGUGCCAGUGAUGUUCCCCACUCACAACAUGUUGCUUUCAGCAGCCGCAUUGAAACAGACGUUGUACCAGACACGCAACUGUUGGAAAAAUUCCGCCAAAUCUCUCGUGCCGCGUGUGCCGGGGCGGCAGCAGCAGGCAGCAGCGAGCCGUGCUCGGAGGCGCGCUGCAUCACCGACUUCUUCCUCGCGCUGGCCAUCUGCAACACCGUCGUCGUGUCAGCCCCCAAUCAGCCACGCCACAAGAUGAGGCUGUCUUCACUGGGUAGGAUGCCUAUUAAAUCCCUUGAGGAAAUCAGGCAGAUGUUCCAGAGGUUGUCAGUCCGGAGACUAAGUUCCCCUCCACUUCCGAGUGUGAAAGAGUCAUCAUCUGAAAGCCCAAAUAGUUUUGUGAGGAAACUGUCUAUUUUCAGAAUGAAACUGGCUUCAUCUACUUCAGAUGGGACAGCUGAAAGGGCUGCUGAGCCUCACUGCAGUGACAGCCCAGAAAGUUCCUCACUACCUCAAGAAUCAGAUACAGAGAAUGUAGCUGCUGGCUGUGAAAACCACAGUGCUGGUUUCUCUCUUAAACAAUCUCCCUUACUUAAACUAUGUUAUGAAGCUGAGAGUCCAGAUGAAGCUGCCUUGGUUCAUGCUGCCAGGGCUUAUAAAUGUAUUUUACAGUCUAGGACUCCUGAUCAGAUAACUGUGGACUUGGCAGGUCUGGGAUCUUUAACAUUUCAGCUUUUGCAUAUCCUGCCUUUCGAUUCCGUGCGAAAAAGGAUGUCUGUGGUGGUUCGUCACCCGGUCUCCAACAAAGUGGUGGUAUAUACAAAAGGUGCAGACUCUGUCAUGAUGGAUUUGUUGGGAACUACAUCAGAAGCAGGUUCAGAAAUGGAACAAAAGAAAAUUAAAGAGAAAACUCAGGGGCAUUUGGAUGACUAUGCUAGAAGGGGACUACGCACUUUAUGUAUUGCUAAAAAGGUGAUGAGUGAUGCAGAAUAUGCAGAGUGGUUAAAUCUUCAUUUUUUAGCAGAAACCAGUAUCGACAAUAGGGAGGAGCUGUUGCUUGAGUCUGCCAUCAGGCUUGAGACCAAACUGACUUUGCUUGGUGCCACUGGCAUUGAAGACCGCCUGCAAGAGGGUGUUCCAGACACGAUACAGGCACUACGGAAAGCAGGAAUAAAAAUAUGGAUGCUGACAGGUGAUAAGAGAGAGACAGCUGUCAACAUUGCCUAUGCUUGCAGACUGCUGGAGCCAGAUGACAAAAUCUUCACUCUCAAAUCACAAAGUAGAGAUGCCUGUGCCUUGGUGAUGAAUGCAAUUUUAGAAGGCUUCCAGGAAACUAAUUCUGCCAAAAAAAAAACCAGCCAGAAACUUGGGAAUUUCUCUGCAAGUCCCUCCACCCAAGCUCCAGGGUUCAGUGCAGGCCUGGUUAUUGAUGGAAAGACUUUAGAUCACGUCCUUCAUGAGAGUCUGCAGAAUGCUUUCCUGCAACUCACCGAAAAGUGCCGGGCUGUGGUCUGCUGCCAAGCCACGCCACUGCAGAAGAGUGUCCUGGUCAGACUGGUGCGAAACAAGCUGAAGGCAAUGACAUUAGCUGUAGGUGAUGGUGCCAAUGAUGUCAGUAUGAUCCAGGUGGCUGACACUGGUGUGGGGAUCUCAGGCGAAGAAGGCAUGCAGGCUGUGAUGGCAAGUGAUUUUGCAGUCUCUCAGUUUAGACACCUAAGAAAGCUGCUGCUUGUCCAUGGUCACUGGUGUUACACCAGACUUACCAACAUGGUCCUCUACUUCUUCUACAAGAAUGUGGCUUAUGUGAACCUCCUGUUCUGGUACCAGUUCUUCUGUGGGUUUUCGGGCACAUCCAUGACUCACUAUUGGAUCUUGAUUCUCUUCAACCUCCUCUUUACGUCGGUGCCACCCAUCGUCUGUGGUGUCUUGGACAAAGACGUGUCUGCAGAGAUGCUCAUGCAGCUCCCGCAGCUGUACAUGACGAGCCAGAAAUCUGUGGCCUAUUUGCCUUCAACUUUCUGGAUAACCUUGCUGGAUGCUUUUUACCAAAGUCUCGUUUGCUUUUUUGUGCCUUACUUUACUUACUAUGGCUCAGACAUAGACAUUUUUUCCUUUGGAAACCCUAUAAACACAGCAGCACUCUUUAUAAUAUUGUUUCAUCUGCUCAUUGAGAGUAAGUCUGUGACAUGGAUACAUGUGAUGGCUGUAGUUGGCAGCAUCCUAUUUUACUUCGUCUUCACUUUGGCUUUUGGGGCCACCUGUAAAACCUCCAAUCCAUCAUUAAAUUCCUGUGGGAUCAUGGAAAAGCACAUGAAAGACCCAAUGUUUUACCUAAUUUGCCUUCUGACUACUUGCGUUGCUCUGCUUCCCAGAUAUUUGCUGAGAGUUCUCCAAGGAACAUUGUUUCCAUCUCUGGUGUUGAGAGCCAAGCAUCUCGCCAGACUGACCCGUGAGGAGCAGCGGGAAGCAAUUAAGAGAUGGAAAAACGACUGCACUGUGAACUGUGGGACGGAGCUGCAGACUGCCACUGGCUUUCCCAGCUCAGCCACAGGUGUUUCAUCGGGGGAGGAAGGCACUGCCAGGGAUUUGGCAACAUCCAAAACACCUUUUCAGCCCUGUGCAAGGGAUGGGCUAGCAGAGAAAGCCUCCUCCUUUUCAGGCACUCAGGAUGAGUUAGACAGCCUGAACUUCAAAAAGACUGUAUUGCUGAAUUCAUCAGAAGAAACUAAUGCAGACACAUGUGGAGGUAGUAACUCAUGUGCCGAAGCCCUGGUGCGUGUGUCUGGAGAGGGCCACAGUGCUGCUGCUCCGGCACACAAGGCAGGCUCGAGUUUUGCUCUGUGUGAGCAAGAUGCUUUAGUGCAUUUUACAAAGUCAGAGUGUUAA